AUGCCAGAAAUACUGGAAGAAGACGAAGACAUCGCCGAAACACCCACGGAACUCCCCUUUCCGCCCAUCACCAAACAGCACAUCCUCCACUGCUCAUACCAUUCCUGGCAUCCAAAAUUCCGUAACAUCACUCCCAAGGCUCGGCUGGUCCCCCUGUCCCGACCAUUCCUCGACUAUCUCCGCGCAGACGGCAUCUUGCUGCCUUCAGACGAGGAGCCACCUCCCCAGUGGUCCGACACGGACAGCGGCAUCUUCUCCGCAUCCGACAACACCGAUGGCGUCGACGACGAUGACGAAGGCGACGUCGCGGCCGAGUGGCGAGGCAUCCACAACGCCAUCAAAGCCACCAUCGCCGAGCUGGGCGGCAAGGUCUAUCCCAAACUCAACUGGUCCGCGCCGAAAGACGCCACCUGGAUGAACGCCAAUAGCAUGGAGUGUCGCAACCCCAGCGACAUCUACCUCCUGCUCAAAAGCUCCGACUUCGUCACGCACGACUUAGAGCACGCCUUCGACGACACCGAGGACUCCACAGACCUCACCCUCACCCCGGACUCCAUCCCCUACCAUCUCGUUCUCCGCAAAGCAGUCCCACAAUGGAAUCCCUCCGUUGAAUUCCGGUGCUUCGUGCGCAACAACCGCCUCCUCUGCAUCUGCCAGCGCGACCUCAACUACUUUGACUUCCUUUUCAAGAUGACCCCCAACCUCCGCUCUCUAAUUCAAGAAUUCUUCGACGUGCGAAUCAGAGGCACCUUCCCCGACGAGAACUACACCUUUGACGUCUACAUCCCGAAUCCGUACAAUCGAGUCUGGCUCGUGGAUUUCAACCCCUGGGCCCCACGAACCGACCCUUUGCUUUUCAGCUGGCUGGAGAUCCUGACUAUGCCUGAGCCGCCUGCUGUCGAAGCUGACGAGGGUCCGGAGGUGGUGCGCUUACAGAUGGGCGCUGUGCCGCAGGAUAUCCGGGAAGCGUUGCGAGAAGCAGCGAGUCGUAUCCCAGAUCAAUACGAUGGCGAAAACGCUGAUGACGAUGAGGAUGGCUCCUCGGAAGACGAUUCAGACGUCGACGAAGAAAUCUGGCACCCGGAAUUCCGCCUCGUCCGUCAAAACGACCCGGAAGCGUAUGCGUUCAGUUCCACGCAGUACAGCGCUCACAAACUUCCGAAAGAUGUGGUGGACGCCAGUCAGAAUGGGGAAGGACUGAGGGAGUUUGCGAGGGAUUGGCAUAAUAUCCUCGCGCGGCGGCAGAGGGAGGAGCAGCAGGCUGGGGAGAGCAGUGAAGAUGAAUGA